GUUACUACAGUUAUCCUGGUGACUCAAAAGGAAACUACUUAAAUGUGUAAAGUUGAACAAAAGUCAAAAUGGAUGCAUUCAAACAUCAGUAGGCUUGAUAUUGAAAUAACCUUUUUCCUCUCUACUGCAAAAUUUCCCUCCUCCUUCUUAGCCUUUUUCUUGAGGAAGCCAGCACCACCUUGAAAACAUGAUGAACAAGACCAGCAGUGAUGUGGGGAACAGAGGCAAAAGAAAAAUUAAAUUUUCCUACUACUUCCAGACCAUUGACAAGUCCAUGAAACAGGCAGAACGACCUUCCUCUGGGAGCUCAGCUGCCUAGAUGAUGACUCUUUGCCCUGCCUGCAGGUGACCAGGUUACUGGUGAAGAGGUUGCAGUGGUGGCUUUAAAGGCAUUUGCUCCCACUUCAGCUGGGAUUUCUCCACAAAAAUCUUCUGAGAAAAAUCUUGAAGAGGAGAGGAAAGGAGAAAUGGCCAAUUCUCAGGGAUUGCUGACAUUCAGGGAUGUGGCCAUAGAAUUUUCUCAGGAAGAGUUGCGGUGCCUGAACCACAGUCAGUGGGAAAUGUACAGGGAUGUGAUGUUAGAGAACUACGGACACCUCCUUUUCUUGGGUCUUGUUGUGUCAAAGCCAGACCUGGUCAUCUUUUUGGAACACAAGAAGGAUGUCUGGGCCGUGGAGAGAAAGGAGACAGUAGUUACACACCCAGGACAUCAAAGAAUUCAUACUGGAGAGAAAACUUAUCAAGAAAAAGAAGGUGGCAAGUCCUUUAUCUGGCUCUCCUCCCUUUCAGGACAUCAAAGAAUUCAUACUGUAGAGAAACCUUACAAACGUCAACAAUAUGGUAAGACCUUUCGGCAUCAUUCACAAAUUUCUGAACAUCACACGGUUCAUGCUGAGGAGAAACCUUACCAAUGCAAAGAAUGUGGCAAGGCCUUUAACUGGCGCACAGCCCUUAGGAGACAUGACAGAAUCCAUACGGGAGAGAAAACUUACCAAUGUAAAAAAUGUGGCAAGGCCUUUGUGAACUUCUCAAACUUGACACAACAUCGCAGAAUUCAUACUGGAGUGAAACCUUACCAAUGCCAAGAAUCUGGCAAGGCCUAUACGCGACAGUCAAGCCUUACCAAACAUCACAGAAUUCAUACUGGAGUGAAACCUUACCAAUGUAAAGAAUGUGGCAAGGCCUUUAGCUGGCUCUCAGCCCUUACAGUACAUCACAGAAGUCAUACUGGAGGGAAACAUUACCAAUGUAAAGAAUGUGGUAAAGCCUUUUACUGGCACUCAGCCAUUAGGUUACAUCAGAGAAUUCACAGUGGAGAGAAACCUUACCAAUGUAAAGAAUGUGGCAAGGCCUUUAACCAGAAAUCAAACUUUAAACGACAUAAAGUAAUUCAUACUGGAGUGAAACCUUACCAAUGUAAAGAAUGUGGCAAGGCCUUUACCUGGUCAUCAGUCCUUAAGAUACAUCACAGAAUUCAUAGUGGAGUAAAACCUUACCAAUGUAAUGAAUGUGACAAGGCCUUUUACUGCCCAUCACAUCUUGAUGUACAUCACAGAGUCCAUACUGGAGAGAAACCUUACAAAUGUAAUGAAUGUGGCAAGACCUUUAACCAGAAAUCAUACCUUAAACAACAUAAAGUAAUUCAUACUGGGCAGAAACCUUACCAAUGUAAAGAAUGUGGCAAAACCUUUAACUGGCAAUCAGCCCUUAAGGCACAUCACAGAAUUCAUAGUGGAGAGAAACCUUACCAGUGUAAAGAAUGUGGCAUCGCCUUUAGCUGGCUCUCAGCCCUUACAGAACAUCACAGAAUUCAUACUGGAGUGAACGCUUACCAAUGCAAAGAAUGUGGCAAGGUCUAUACGCGAUAUUCAAACCUUAGCAAACAUCAUAGAAUUCAUACUGGAGUGAAACCUUACCAAUGUAAAGAUUGUGGCAAAGCCUUUAACUGGCAAUCGGCCCUGAAGGCACAUCACAGAAUUCACAGUGGAGAGAAACCUUACCAAUGCAGUGAAUGUGGCAAGGCUUUCAUCCGGCCCUCAGCCCUUACAGUACAUCACAGAAUUCAUACUGGAGUGAAACCUUACCAAUGUAAGGAAUGUGGCAAAGCCUUUAACUGGCAAUCGGCCCUGAAGGCACAUCACAGAAUCCACAGUGGAGAGAAACCUUACCAAUGCAAAGAAUGUGGCAAGGCCUUCAUCCGGCCCUCAGCCCUUACAGAACAUCACAGAAUUCAUACUGGAGUGAAACCUUACCAAUGCAAAGAAUGUGGCAAGGCAUAUCCGCGACAGUCAAGCCUUACCAAACAUCACAGAAUUCAUGCUGAAGACUGACUUUACCAAUGUAAUGAAUGUGGAAAGGCCUUUUCCCCCACGAGGCACAUCUUAAUGUACAUCACGGAAUCCAUCUUGGAGAGAAAGGUUACCAAUGUCAAGACUGUGGGAAGACCUUCUCCCACCAGGCACAUCUUAAUGAACAUCACAGAAUCCAUAACAGAGAGAAACCUUACCAAUGUAAAGGAUGUGGGAAAACCUUUCUUCACUGUUCAUCCUUGACUUAUUAACAUAGUAUUCAUACUAGAGCAAAUCUUCCAAAUGUUAAGACUGUGACAGAAUUUCUAAGGAUUCCUCAACUCUUAUUCCACAUCAGAUAAUUCAUACUGAAGAGUAAUGAUACCCAUUGAUACCCAUUGGAAAUUGUUAAGAUAGUAAAGCAAUGCUUUACAAGUAAACCCUGAUUCUUCAUCAGAGAACAUAUACUGGAGAUGAUCUUACCAAUCCAAAGAAUUUGGCAAGCCUUUUAAUCAGUACUCAAGCCUCAUCCAACAUCACAGAACUCAUACUGCAGAGAAAACUUACAAAGAAUGUGGUAACAAACGUUUCAGACUGCUCAAGCCUUACUCAUUACCAUAGUUCCUGUUGCACAGAGACGUUACAAAUGUAAGGAAUGUGGCAAACCUCUAGCCUGGACCUCACAACUGCCUCAGUAUCAUAGUUAUGACACAAGAACAAAAGUAUAACAUGUAAAGGGAGUGGCCAUGCCUUUAACUGGAAUUCAGUCAUGACUCAGUAUCCCCAAAUGCCUACUUGGGGAUAAUGUAUGAAUAAGGAAAGACCUUUUUAAAUAUACACUUCAGAAAACAAAACCAUACAGAGAGGAAAGUAACCUGA